UGCUGGCAUCAGCUGGGGGCGGCUGCGGGCCAGAGCAGCAGGGGAGACGCGAAGGGCACCGCCGGCAGCGAGAUGGCAGGCGAACUGCCCUUAGGCAUCAACAUCCGGGACCCCCGCUGGGACCAAGGCACCUUCCUGGGCAGAGCCCGGCAUUUCUUCACUGUCACUGACCCACGCAACCUGUUGCUCUCAGGGGCCCAGCUGGAGGAAGCCCGGAGAACUGUGGAGAAUUAUCGGGCAGGGGUGGUGGACCCUGGACUGACUGAGGACCAGCUUUGGCGGGCCAAGUACAUCUAUGACUCCGCUUUCCACCCUGACACGGGGGAGAAGAUGGUGCUGAUUGGGCGCAUGUCUGCCCAGGUGCCCAUGAACAUGAUGAUCACAGGCUGCAUGCUCACCUUCUACAGGAGAACACCGACUGUGCUGUUCUGGCAGUGGGCCAACCAGUCCUUCAACGCUGUCGUCAACUACUCCAAUAGGAGUGGAGAUGCGCCCAUCACAGUUGGGCAGCUGGGAACGGCUUAUGUCAGUGCCACCACUGGGGCUGUCGUCACGGCACUGGGACUCAAGUCCCUCACCCAGCACCUGCCCUCCCUGGUGGGGCGCUUUGUGCCCUUUGCUGCUGUGGCAGCUGCCAACUGCAUCAACAUCCCCCUGAUGAGGCAGAGGGAACUCCAGGUGGGGAUCCCAGUGACUGACGAGAAGGGCCAUCGGCUGGGGGAGUCGGUGACAGCAGCCCAGCAUGGUAUCGUCCAGGUGGUGGUGUCUCGGAUUGGCAUGGCUGUGCCUGCUAUGGCCAUCCCACCUGUGAUCAUGAAUGCGUUGGAGAAGAGAGAGUUCCUCAAGCUUGGUGUUUGCCACCCCACUGUGCUGUGCGCUGUUCCCCCAGAGGAGCUCCAUAGGGGUGAGCCAACUGGAGCCUGAGGUCCAAGCGGAGAUCCGCAAGAAGAAUCCUGACAUCACAGUGGUGUAUUAUAACAAAGGCCUCUAAGGGAGUGGGCAGAGAGAGUAAUCUGGCUCAGAGCUCCUGCAGGAACAGGAUCCCCCACUGCUGUUCCCUUGUCGAGCUGGUCCCUCCCACGAGCUGCUGUUUAAACCUAGGAUGGCCCCCAUUCCCUCAGCCCCGUUGGUUCCCCCCUUCCCUGAGUCCCGUUUUUCCCCAGGGCCACUCCUUGCAGCUCAGGGGAUUGCGGCUGUUGGCAGAGGAAGGGGCUUGGUGCUAAGGUGCAGGGGGGCUCAAUCCAGUUCAGCUGAGCUGCCCCCUCCUCUGUCCUCCUCCCGGAUCCAGCCCCAGAGUCUUCCCCAACUGCUUUGUCAUGGGGAGUCGGGGAGAGCUGUCUUUGUCAUUGCUGGGUCCUCAGAUGGAGGGGCCGGAUGCUCAGAGUUUGGCUCUGGGUUGGGAAUGGGAUGACCAAUUUCCUAUUCCCCAACCUUAACCCUUGUCCACAUACUGCUGCUUCCAACUCCCACUCCAGACUAGUGAGGGAGGGCUUGGCUGCCACCCUUGCUGCCUUGCCCUCACCCCAGACAGCCUGGAACUGUUCAAGUUCUCUGCAACCAGGUUCCUUUUGCCAUGCCUCUGCAGUCCCUGAACCCCAAGACUUCCAGGGCCCAAUUAACUGGGGAGACACUCCACAGCUCUGGGCACAAGCCCUCCCCUCCAGCUGUCCCCCUCGCCUCAACCCACCUCUCUGGGACUGUGCUUCUUUUUGCUUUUUUGUACUAGAACAAAUCCCUGAUGCUCUGUUUGUGCAUUUGUUCUGGGGUCUCAGCCUCAGGGGGCCUUCUGACCAGACCUUACCCCAGGGCCCAAAUCCCAUUUUACAGCUCAGCAAGAACAGAGAAAAGCAGGGGGUGGAUGUGUGUGUGUGUGUGUGUGUGUGUACGCGUACAUGUGUCUCCAACCCCCAAAAGUAUAAUUCUGGGGAGGAAACUUUCCCUGCAAACUAGGGGUGGGUGGAAGGGAGCAGUCUUCUGAAAGACAGUACUGCCAUGUUUUCUGAGCUCCUGAGCCUCACAGAAAUAUUUUGGAAAAACCUCACAGGAGGUACCCUUCCCCUUCUCCCCUCAUAUCCCAUCCCCCAAACAAACCUACUUGACUUGGCCUGAGCCUCAAGAAUGACCCUAAGAUGCACAGUUGGAGAUGGUUUAUUCCUUGGCCCCUGGGCUCAGAAAAGGGCUUUGUGGGGGCCUGUGUAUUCUCUCCCAGUGCUUAAUACAGAGCUCUGCACACAGCAAGUGCUUAGUAAAUAUUAUUACUACUCCUCCCCUCUACCUCGCACCUCUUCACUCUACCGCCACUGCACCAGCAGGAACUCCAGAAAUAUAACUGUUUCCAAAUAAACUUUUCUGUCUCUUG